ACGCACUUCUGUCGGAUUUGGAUUUUGUAUUGCUUUUCUGAUAUUGAACCGAUUUUAUAAUCUCAAAAACUACAAUAAAUUGAUUACUUAAGUAUAAAGUGUAAUUUAAUGUGUUUACGUCGUGAGUUAAAGUUUACUUGAUUUAUUGAAAGUCAAGAGACUUCUUAUUAAUUCUGUUCUACGAUGAAAAAAGAAUGCUGAUUCUAUGGAAAAUGGAUGUCUUCUCAAUAAGUUUGUCGUUGACAGCAAUUAUGUUAACCCGUUCUUUUGAACAAUAUGGUGCCAGUGCUAGUGAAAAUCAUAUGAUUGCUACUGAAACACUAAAGUCAACUAUGUUUUCUAAUAUAACUGUUGGCCAAAAGUCUUUAUCAUCACAAGAAGAUUGUGCUGUUUAUAAUGACUCUUGUCAUACCUGUGUCCAGGCCAGUACAAAAUGUUACUAUUGUUACAAGAAUAAGCAAUGUUUGUUGUAUCCUGUGGAGCAUUUUGUACUAAGUUUUGAUGAAUGUGGUACACUGGAAAACAUAGCUUGGAUCACUUGUAUAACUAACUUUGAAGCCCUGAUCAUCAUCAUGAGUAUAUUGGGAGGAAUCAUCCUUCUGACCAUGAUAAUAUGUUGCUGCUGCUGUUAUCGCUUUUUUCGUCAACAGAAUAAAAGCAGAUUUGAAAUAGAACUUGACAAGUGGGAUGGACAAGAAAAUGUUGAAGAAAGGAGAAAGAAACAUCAGUCAAAGUUAGAUGAGAUAUGUGAGAAAUAUGGACUAAAAAAAGAAAACCAAGCCUAUCAGAGGAUUAUUUAAAGAAAAACUGACCAAAGAAUAAUAUUUUGUGCUUAUAUAUAGCAUGCUGAUUUCUAUGUACAAGCAUUAAGAAUGUUGAUAGCUUUUGUUUUAAUUGAAAGUUAAGUUUAUAAUUUGGAAUACAGCAUUUAAUGGCAUAUGCAAUCAGAUAUAUUUUGUUUUUUUAUUAUUAAUUUAGGAAUUGUGAAAUAGAUGUUGAUUGCUGCUUGUAACUUGAUGGCAGAAUCAUAAUAUCCAAACACGAAACAUUAAAACAUAUUAUUUAAGUAUUAAAUGACAAUUUAAUUGAAAGUUUUAAUAAUUUUUAAUAGUUUUUGUAGGUUACUGUAAUCAGUUAGUAAAUCUUCAUCCAAUGAAAAAUAUAUAAUGUAAAAAAUUACUUUUCUGACAUGAUUUUAAUGUUAUGUACGUGUUCAUGUCCUUAAUUUAUAAAAAAAUAAUGUUGUUUCAUUAGUAACUUAAGUAUAUGAAAAAUGUAGGUAAAACUAUAUUAUAAAUGUUUAAUAGUUUGUUACAAAGAUUGUUUUUGACACAAGUUGUAUGAACAAAUUGGGUAACAUUUUGUACUAGGGGUAGGAUCACUAAACAUUGAUCUUGGAAUUCAAUUGUGAAAAUAAUACUUAGCAAAAGUAUUAGUGAUAAGGAUUUUACAGCUUUUUAUAGAGCAAAAUAUAUAGCAUAGAUGAAGAUAGGGCUAUAUAAAAAUCAGUGUGUUAAUGAAUAUUAGCUACAUAUUAAGAAUGUUAGAUAUCUAGCUCUGCAACUGUAAAAAAGCCUCUUUCAGUAUGUGUAUAUAAGAUACUGUAUCAAGCUAAAAAAUCAGGUAGUCUGUUGGGUUUUAAUAUUGAUUUUACACAAAUGGAAAACUUUGUUUUGUAUUGGAACACAUGAUGGAGCUAUAAACAACCUUCACAGGACAGAAUGCACCAAAAAUUUUGAUUGUACUUCAGUUAUAUCUUUCUUCAACUUGUUACUGGUCUAUGUGUUUUUUAUUUCUCUACUAUCUUUCACAAUUUGUUUUUAGGGCAAUCGACUCGCAAUCUGUGGGUCGCGGGUUCGAAUCCCCAUCCCAUCAAACAUGU